AAAAACAAGACGUUAGAGAUACGGAUUACAAAGUAAAUUUUUUCUCAUCAAAUUUUUGAUUUCAGUCGAUUUAUAUUUUAUGCAGAUUUCCUGAGAGAAAAACCAGUAAGACAAGACACCUUAAACAACAAGAUGUCAAGUUCUAGUUAUGACAGUGAUGAUUCAUAUUCAGACAAUAAGUACAAAAAGUCUAGGAAAAGAUAUUCAAGUUCAAGGUCACCGUCACCUAAGGGCAAGAGAUUAAAGAAAUCACAUGCGAGUAGAAGGUCAAGGUCAUUAUCUGAAUCACCAGAACGAAAAGAAACAAAAUAUGAUAGAAGAAACAACAGAGAUAAUAUAAGGUCAAGGUCGCCUCAUGACGACAGGAAGAGCGAUUAUAAACAAAAAUAUAGUCCACCUAGAAAAAGAUCAAGGUCACCUUAUAAUGAUAGAAAGAGUAAUUAUAAACAAAGGAACAGUCUACCUAGAAAAAGGUCAAGGUCUCCUUAUGAUGAAAGGAAGAACAGUUAUAAACAAAGGAACAGUCCACCUAGAAAAAGGUCAAGGUCAAGAAGCAAUUCACCUAUGGAACAGAAGUCAAGGUCACCUGUUAGGAAAGAGAGCAGAAUUUGGAGACAGCCAAAGGAAAAUGGUCACAGGCCUAACCACAGUGACCAGCAGGGAGAAUUUUUCAACAGACGUAGAACAGACAGGGAGCGGUUAGGGGCUGCAGGUGUUCCAGAAGUGUGGGGGCGCUCUCCUUCCCCGCAAAAAUCUGAGUCUGAAGAGUCUGAGUCAGAAAGUGAAGAUAUUUCAGAUUCAAGUGGAACAGAUUCUUCUGAAGAGGAAAGAAGAAAAAGAAAGAAGAAAAAGUCGAAGAAAAAGAAGAAACAUAAAAAGCACAGUAAGAAGAGUAGAAAGUCAAAACACAAAUCAAAGAAGGCAAGAAAGAAGAAGAAAAAGAAGAGUGAGACGGAGACAGAAAGUAGUGAUUCUGAACAAGAAGAUGAGGCGUCUCAGUGGGUUGAAGUCUGUAAAGGUAAGCAUAUUGCUAACAAUAACAAAGAACCUUACUUGCCAAUAUAGUGUUAGGUCCAGUUU